AUGUCUCGCCUCCACUCGUCCGCUCCGAUGCUCCUUCUCCGCCGCCGGUCCUCCUCCACAUCCACCUCGCUGCCCUCACACCGGGCUCCCCACGUCGCCCUUGCCGCGGCCACGGAGCGAGCCCGCUUCGGGACCCUCAGCCCUGAGGAAGCACACGAACUGUUCGACGAAUUGCUGCAGCAGGCCACUCCAGUCCCGGAGCGCGCCCUCAACGGCUUUCUCGCCGCCCUAGCCCGCGCGCCGGCCCCCGCCACCUGCAGCGACGGCCUCUCGCUUGUCGUCGCCCUCUUCAGCCGCAUGUCCCGAGGCCAUGGCCCGCCUGUGGCAUCGCCCACAGUCCACACGUACAGCAUCCUACUCGACUGCUGUUGCCGCGCGCGGCAGCCAGACUUAGCGCUCGCCUUCUUCGGCUGCUUCCUCAGGGCGGGCUUCAAGGGAGACGAAGUUAUCAUCAACACCCUCCUCAAGGUCCUUUGCCACGCAAAGCGGACAGAUGAGGCUGCGGACGUGCUGCUUCACAGGAUAACGCAUCUGGGCUGCGUGCCUAAUGCCAUCUCAUACAACACAGUUAUCAAGGGCUUAUGUGAUGGUAGCAGGAGCCAGCAUGCACUCGAGCUACUCCGGAUGAUGGCAAAACAAGAAGCUGGCUGCUCCCCUGACGUGGUGUCAUAUACCACGGUUAUCCCCGGAUUCUUAAAGGAGGGUAAAUUCAGCAUGGCAAGCAACCUAUUCCAUGAAAUGGUACAACAGGGUGUUGUUCCUGAUGUGGUGACAUAUAACUCGAUGAUUGAUGUGUUGUGCAAGCGUGGAAGAAGCAAAGAAGCAAGACAGAUUCUGGAUUGCGCGAUUCUGAAGAGCCUCAAACCUAAUAUCGUGACAUACUCUACCAUGCUGCAUGGCAUAUUGAUUUAUGCACAUGCUAAGUGUGGAUUGGUGGAUGAGGCCUUUCUUAUCUUUGAAGACAUACAGAAACAGGGAAUGAAACCGAAUGUUGUAACAUAUUCAGCCAUGAUAGAUGCGUUUUGCGGAAAGGGUAGGAUGAAUGAUGCUAUUGAACAAUUCAACCAGAUGAUUGAUAUGGGGGUACGGCCAGAUGUACAGACUUAUAGGUGCCUGAUUCAGGGUUAUUGUACACAUGGUCAUUUAGGAAGAGCUAAAGAACUGGUUUAUGAAAUGAUGGAAAAAAGCAUUGGUUGUCCUGGCGUUGUGUUCUUUAACUCGAUAAUGAACAACCUAUGCAAAGAAGGAAGGGUGACAGAUGCACAAGAUAUCUUUGACUUUAUGAAGCAUAUAGGUGAGAAGCCCAAUGUUAUCACAUUUAAUUCACUGAUUGAUGGAUACUGCUUAGUUGGCAAGAUGCAGAUAGCAUCUAGUCUAGAGUACAUGAUGAUAUGGUAUCGGUUGGCAUUGAGCCUGAUGCAAUUACGUACAAUACACUUAUUGAUGGAUACUUUAAAGCUGGAAUGGUGGAUGCUGCGUUGACUCU